CGUUCGCCACGUCGAGUUAGCUCCUUCUUUUUUUUCUGUCGCGUUUGACGGUACUCAACCAUAACAAAAAAUAUUACUCAAAAAAAUAUUCAACAAAGAAAUAUAAAACAAAAAAAAUCACGCACCUUGCGUUUGAAGUGGAUAAUAAAAUAAUUUAAUUAUAAAACGGUACACAACAAAAAAAACUGUCAGCAAUUUAUGCGUGGAAAAUCGCUGAGGAAAAUCGCAGACAACGACUCCGUAAUUAGGAUAAAAAUAUGAUCGCUUAAAUGAACCGAAGGAAACAAUAAAGCUAAGAGCAGCGGAAAAGCGCCGGAAAAUAAGAAAACAAAAUUUUGAAGAAGAACCUUUUUUUCGUGUGUGGUGACGUUUACUUUUUUUGUUGUUGUUGUUUGAGUGACCAAGCGCCAAGAUGCCUCUGUACUCGGAUUCGACCAACUAUUACUAUAGUGGCGGCAGCAGCCAGCUGUAUUCACCGUACUACAGCUCCGGCUUGGGCCUGAAUUUGAGCCUUGGCUCUUCGCCGGGAUCGAGCUACACCUCCAGCUACAAUCGCUCGUAUCCGGCCAGCUACAUGGUGCCCCUCAGCCCCUCCUCGCCGAGAUCGCCGAGCAGCUAUUCCAGCGGCAGUUCCGGCGGAAGUAGCUCCCUUCACGGCCUCGGCUCCAGAUAUCAACCGAAGUUGACUACAAUCACGGAGACGGGCAGGCACAGUGGUCAUAGCAGUCUGAUGCCCUUGACCAGGAUCAAUUCGCCCAAGUACAGUGGCUCCUCGGUCACAACGCCCAGUUACAGUUCAUCGGGUGCCAGUAGUCGAUAUAUACCGGCCAGACCCAUAGCCAUUAACACGGCCGAUAUCGAUGUGAGUUCAUCGAGAUAUAGGCGAGGUGUUACUUCCCGAGAUGAAAAGGAUAAGGAGAAGGAGCAGCUGCCCAAGGAGGAGGUGGUGGUCAAGCAGCAGCAGGAGGAGAAGAGGGGGGAGGAGGAGAAGGACAAGGGUUCGAAACCCUCUCUAAAGGAUGCACCACCGGAAAUCGUAAACCCAAAUGCCGAAGGUCGUCCCAAUCGCAGGUCCACCAUUAAGAGAAAUCGACCUGUGGUCAGACUGUCCACCAUACGAAGACGUAGCAAGGAGCGCAGUGCCGAGAGUCCCAAGAAGGAACCGGUGCCAGAGCAUCAAUUCCGGGACCUGCCACCUGCCACCGAACCCAGUUUGAGUUGGCGCCAAAAGUUGGCCGACGAAUUAGCCGCUUUUCCGGCCACGAGCAACAAAAAGUCACCUGGCGAACUGCUGCGCGAAAGAUUCUACAUAAGAGAUGAGAAGGAGGAGCAACCCAGUUUCAAUCAAGCCAGAAUUCAGCAACUGAGCCAGCCACAAAGUGCUCAAAAAUCUCAACUUCAGGAGAUUGAGAUGCGUUCCAGGAAGGAAAAGGAAGAGGAAAAGGAGCAGAAGAAGGAGGAGAAUGCCUCGGACAAAAAGGAACUGGAGAAUCUGGAGGAAAUGCAGGAGACCAUUCGACGCUUGAGCCUGGUGCAAUGUCCCACAUUUCACGACAUUUGCGAGGAUAUUUCGUCGGACAAAAUCGAUGAUGAUCUGAAUGCCGGCGAACUCAGGCGUCGUGCCUCGAUUAUCCAAGAACAAGAACAGGAAAUACUGAACAAGUUGCAGAAAUCGAACUCGGGCACCUUUCAGUUGAUUCAUCUGGAGCGAAGGUCCAGUCACGAUAGCACAACCACAAACGAUGACGAACUGAAGGAGAGAUCCAAGAGGCGAUCGAAGAAAAGCAAGAAGAUGCGCCACAAAAUCACCGCCAUUGUGGAGAUCGAGAAUGCGCCCCAAGUCCAGCCAGUUGAUCAUAUGCCCAGUGUAUUGGAGCUAAACGAGGAAUCCCAAUUGCUGCAGCCUUUGGUUUCCGGUUCGGGUUCAGGUUCCGGAUCGAGUUCCACCCCAAGUCCCAGUCCCAAGCCAAAGUUCACCGUGAAUGUGGAGACUGUCGAGGAGCACCACCAGAUACACAAGGUCUUCAAGCUGCCCAAGAAAAAGACAGUGCCCAAGGAGCAGGAGGAGUCGAGUCUGCCCGAAGGAUUCAUGCGGGCAGCUCCCAAAACGGCCAAGACAUCGCCCCUGAAGAAGGCAAAUAAACAGCAGCAACAAGUGAGUGAGGCGCAGAUUUUCACCUUCGAUGAGGCAGCCAUAGAGCAACAGAAACAUCUGGCAAAUCAACAGCAGCAACAGUUGCAACAGCAGCAACAGUUGCAACAGCAGCAACAGUUGCAACAGCAGCAACAGCAGCAACAGCAGCAACAUCAACAACAGGAACAACAGCAGCAACAGUUGCAACAACAGCAACAGCAACAACAACAACCCAAGGUCGAGGGUGUGGCCACACCCAAGCCCAUUCGAAAAGCUAUACAAAAAUCUGAGAGUGGUGAGGACUUUUGGUCGCAAAUUGGGUCUAGGGAAACGCUCUACAUGACCAAUCGCAAAAAGGUUUUCAAUGAGCAGCAGGAACAGCUCCUGGAGGAGGAACCGAUAAAGUCGCCAACGACGCCCAAGGAAACAAGGACAGAAGUAAGGACUAAGGUCACGGAACCCAAGACACCAACGACUCCCAAACUCAAGUCGGAAAUCCUCAUUGAGCUGAAGACAACGCCCUCGGUGGUGACAUCAACAACAGGUGGAAAAAUAGGAAUACAAAAAGUGCCUUCAAUACCACUCACUCCAACCGUACUAAAAACUAACGAAGCCGAAGUAAAGAAAGUAGAAACAAGCGAUAUUUCAAGCAAAACUCGUACUGUUUCACCAAAAUCGCCAAAACCUAAGACAACAGAUGAUAAUAAAUUGAAAUCAACAGUGGCGGCAAUACCAAAGAAAGACUUACCAAAAUUAAUAACAACAGAAGAGGCUAAGCCAGCAAUAGCAACUAAGGCCACAUCUGCAAUACCAACAAAAGUUUCACCAAAAACACCACAAAUUAAAGUAGAAACACCACCAAAAAAUAAAGAAGUAGAACUACAAGUUAAAGUGGAACCAUUAGCAAGAAAGGCAGCCAUCCCACAGUCAAAACCAGAUACUCCAACAUCAACACAAAUCAAAGUGGAAAAAGUAACAAAAGAUUCACCAACAAAAAAAGUAGAAACACCAACAACACCGCAAAUAAAAAUCGAAACGCCAACAAAAGAUUCACCAACAAAGAAGGUAAUCACACCAACAGCACCACAACCUAAAGCAGCUGCAUCAACAACACCACAAACAAAAGUUGACACACCAACAACACCACAAAUCAAAGCAGCAACACCACAAACAAAAGUUGACACACCAGCAACACCACAAAUCAAAGCUGCAACAUCACAAACAAAAGUUGACACACCAGCAACACCUCAAGUAAAGCCUGACAUACCAGCAGCAACACAACCCAAAGCAACAACAGAGGAAUCCAAGUCAACACCAGCAACACCAAAGACAACAACAGCAAAGAUUAACUUGACAACACCGGCAGCAACAACAACUGUUACUGAGACAACAACCAAGGGGGCGAAGCAAUCUGGCAACGCCGUAGCCAUGACAACAGCAACACCAACAGCAACAGCAGCAACAGGCAAAUCAAAAUUGAACGAAACAGCAGGGCCAAAAAUAAAUAGCGGGCAGCCGGCCAAGUCACCUGAACAACAACAGGCAACGGCAGCCGCAGUCGAAACGAAAAUAAAUAAAACAACGCACAAGGAACAACAGCAACGGGAGCAACAACAGAGGGAGCAGCAGCAACUGUCCGACACGGCAGCAACAUUGGUGCCACAAACGGAAACCAAAACGAAAUUGACGGAAGCCGCUGAGCCAACGGCCAAGUCAAAGGUGCAAUCACCGAAAACGACAAAGCCAAAAAGUGCCGGCAAAACAAAUGUUGGCAAAAAGAAAGCUGCAACGCCAGCAGCAACAGCAGCAGCGGCAGCAACAGCAGCAACAGCAGCACCAACAGCAACAGAAACUGUUACAGCUUUGUCUGAGAGCAAUGUGACCCCAAUCAAUGCCGGCCAAUUUAUAACGCUGGCCCCCACAAAGACGGCCAAAACAUCGCCGAACAAGCAACAAGCAUUGCAAUUGCAAGUGCAACAGCAACAUGAGCAGCAUCAGCAGCAACAGGCCACAAAUGCGUCAUCGCCGGCGGCAACAGGCGAUGCAACCACAACGCCCACAACGAUAACAAUUGGUGUUGCUGCUGUUAAUGUUGCUACUACUGCUGCUGCUGCUGCUGCUGCUGCCGCGCUCAACAGCAACAACAGCUGCGGCGAAGGCGUCGGCAAUAAUUUAUCAAAGUUUGCAACAGUAUCGAAUUUGGCACAGUGUCUGCGAGACGUUGAUGCCGAUCUAGAGGACUAUAUACCCUCGUCGGCGGAAAAUAGCCAAGACGACGACGACGACGACGACGACAGCAGUUCCGACGAUUAUUCCAGUGUUGACGGUUGUGCCAAUUUGAGUGCCAGCAUGAAAAAGAAGCAGCGCAAGGAGAAAAAGAAGCAGAAGGCGAAAGCCGCCGCCGCCGCAGCGCCGCGCUUCGAUCCGCACAAGAAGAUCAAAAUCGAUACGACGAACAAGUGCUAUGUGAAGGAGGAGGCGCCGCGGUAUCCACUGGUGGCCACACCGCGUCCCCUGUGGAAGCGCGAGAAGAUCGUCUACUCGGACGAGAACACGGACGACGAGAGCGGCAGCGAGGAGGGCAGCGGUGGCUCCUUGGACGAGGACAGCGACGACGAGAGCGGUGGCGAGGAGUGCAGCUCCACCAGCAGCAGUGCCAGUUCCGAGGACCUCGAGGUGGCCAUGCCCACCGCCGGCGCCGCCCGGAAGAUGGACUCCGGCUCGUCCACGGUGGUGGACUCGCCCAGUUCGGCCGGUUCGAAUGCCGGAACACUGAGUGUUUCCGGCGGAGCCACCUCCGCUGGCAGCUCACCGUCCAUCAUCCGGAUGAGCACCUGCAGCAACGAUUCCGGCUUCGAAGGCGGCACCGCGCCCUCCAGUCCCAAGAAGAUGUUAGAAACAUCAUAUACAUAUUCACAAUUCCAAAAAUCCGGACGUUUCACUGCGCCAGCAACAGUAAUACCUAGAUUUAAGAAUUAUUCGGUAGAUGAUUUCCACUUUCUGGCCGUUCUUGGCAAGGGAAGUUUCGGCAAGGUUCUGCUGGCUGAGCUGCGUGAUACGACCUACUACUAUGCCAUUAAGUGCCUGAAAAAGGAUGUCGUCCUGGAGGACGACGAUGUGGACUCGACCCUGAUCGAACGCAAGGUCCUGGCCUUGGGCACCAAACAUCCUUAUCUGUGUCAUCUGUUCUGCACCUUCCAAACGGAGAGCCACUUGUUCUUUGUGAUGGAGUAUCUGAAUGGCGGUGAUCUCAUGUUCCACAUUCAGGAGAGCGGACGCUUCUCCGAGGAGCGGGCCAGAUUUUAUGGUGCCGAAAUAAUCUCGGGCCUCAAGUUCCUGCACAAAAAGGGCAUUAUCUAUAGGGAUCUCAAAUUGGAUAAUGUCCUACUGGACUACGAGGGACAUGUUCGAAUUGCUGAUUUUGGCAUGUGCAAAUUGCAAAUCUAUUUGGACAAAACGGCCGAUAGCUUUUGCGGCACACCCGAUUAUAUGGCGCCCGAAAUCAUUAAGGGUGAAAAGUACAAUCAGAAUGUGGAUUGGUGGUCGUUUGGUGUGCUGCUCUACGAAAUGCUGAUCGGACAGUCGCCAUUUAGUGGCUGCGAUGAGGACGAGCUCUUCUGGUCCAUUUGCAAUGAAAUUCCAUGGUUCCCAGUCUAUAUUUCCGCCGAGGCCACCGGAAUACUCAAGGGGUUGCUGGAGAAGGACUAUACGAAGCGUAUAGGUUCGCAGUAUAGUCCAGCUGGUGAUAUUGCCGAUCAUAUAUUCUUCCGCCCAAUUGACUGGGGAUUACUGGAAAAGCGGCAAAUCGAACCGCCCUUUAAGCCACAAGUGAAACAUCCAUUGGAUACGCAAUAUUUCGAUCGGGUCUUCACCAGGGAAAGGGUGCGACUCACCCCCAUCGACAAGGAGAUCCUGGCCUCCAUGGAUCAGAAGCAGUUCCAUGGCUUCACCUAUACCAAUCCUCACAUCACCCUGGACUAAAGCUUAAUAAUCAAUAUAAUAACUUAUUAUUUAGAGCAACAGUAUUUGUAUAUGUAAAUAUUUAUUAUGGAACAAAAAAAAAACAGAAGAUUAACGACCAAAGAAUGUUGAAAGUAAAAAUCAGAAUUUUAAUAAUUUGUACUUAAGCUUGAAACCCAGUAAAGUUUUGAGCGUAAUUCUAGUCAAUUAGCUAUACUUUUAUGUCUAAGUCUAAUUGUACAGAUAUCCCUCCUCAUAUUUACCUAUAUAUAUACCUACGCAUAUGAAAUUUUUUUUUUUCGCAAAUUAUUUGUUCUUAAUUUUAGUGGUUAAGCAAAGGUCUACGUCUAUGAGAAAUAAAAAAAUAUAAAAAAUA